AUGAAGCCCAACUUCUCCCUGAGACUGAGGGUUUUCAACCUCAACUGCUGGGGCAUUCCCUACCUGAGCAAGCGCCGAGGAGACCGCAUGAAGCGCCUGGGGGACUUUCUGAACAUGGAGAGCUUCGACCUAGCUCUGCUGCAGGAGGUGUGGAGCGAGCAGGACUUCCAGUACCUGAGACAGAAGCUGUUGCCCACCUACCCAUCCGCACACUACUUCAGGAGUGGCAUCAUUGGCAGCGGCCUCUGUGUCUUCUCCAAACACCCAAUCCAGGAAUUCACCCAGCAUGUCUACACUCUCAAUGGCUACCCUUACAUGAUCCACCACGGUGAUUGGUUCUGUGGGAAGGCUGUGGGGCUGCUGGUACUCCAUCUGGGCGGACUGGUACUCAACGCCUACGUGACCCAUCUCCACGCAGAGUACAAUCGACAGAAGGACAUCUACCUAGCACAUCGUGUGGUCCAAGCUUGGGAACUGGCCCAUUUCAUCCACCAUACAUCCAAGAAGGCUGACGUGGUCCUGUUGUGUGGGGACCUCAACUUGCACCCAAAGGACCUGGGCUGCCGCCUCCUGAAGGAGUGGACGGGGCUGCAGGAUGCCUAUCUGGAGACCCGGGACUUCAAGGGCUCUGAAGAAGGUUGUACCAUGGUCCCUGAGAACUGCUAUGUCAACCGGAAGGAACUGCACCCAUUUUCCUGUGGCAUCCGCAUCGACUAUGUGCUCUAUAAGGCAGUUUCCGGGUUCUGCAUCUCCUGUAAGACUCUCAAAACUACUACAGGCCUUGACCCGCACAGUGGCUCCCCACUCUCCGAUCAUGAGGCCCUGAUGGCUACGCUGUGUGUGAGACACAGCCCGCCCCAGCACAACCCGAGCUCUACCCACGGACCGGCAGAGAAUUCACCAUUGGUUGUGGUGCUGAGGGAGGCUUUGACAGAGCUGGAUCAGGCUGUGGCUCAAGCUCAUUGGUGGGCCACCUUUGCUGGCUACACGAUUGGCCUGGGGCUGCUUCUCUUGGCAGUACUGUGCACCCUGGCAGCUGGAGGAGGGGUCAGGGAAGUUGCCAUACUGCUGUGGACCCCCAGUGUGGGACUGCUACUGGGGGCAGGUGCCGUCUACACCUUCCACAUGCAGGAGGCCAAGGGCUUAUGUAAGGCCCGGGCUGAGCUCCAGCAUGUGCUGGGAAGGGCAAGAGAGGCCCAGGACCUGGGUCCAGAGUCUCAGCCAGCCUUGAUCCUGGGUCAUCAAGAGGGGAGCAGGGCUGAGGACGAAUAA